CAGCUCCCGGCAGGCAGGCCUGCGUGACAGCGGUCAGAUCAGUCGGGAUAUGGCGUCGCAGCACCGACACAGGAUGAAAUUUCCUCUCUCUGUGGGAAUUUACCAGCCGUGUUCCGGGGACGCUCCUGCCUUUUGAGGCUGCAAACAAGAGGAACAUACAUGGCGAUGGAGGAGGAGGAUAACAGUGCAGCAGUCCCUGCGACCAACAUCCGAGCCGACAUUAAGAAAGGAGGCGAUGCCGGAGAUAACGGGGCUUCUAUUGACAGGCAGCCGGACACGGUGGUCCAUCAGGCGGGGCUGAGCCAGACUGCGGGUCGCGGCAGCCGCAGCGGUCCCGGAGCUCACUCUGCAACGGGGAUCCGAGUACUGAAGCGCAACAUGAAGAGAAACGGGAGCCGAAGCUGUGUAACGAGGAAAACCAGAUUCGGGUCGCGAGAGCGAGACUGGCUGAAGGGGGAUACCCAACGAGGCUGUGUGUGUCUUUAUGGCGGCACGGUGGACCCCCAGCUGCCUGCUUCUGGCCCACAGGCCUCUUCCACCCCUCAGACAGACCUGCAGUUGGUGCUAUGCUCCACCAGCACCACCGUGGAGGAGCUCUGUGCUCAGAGAAACGGACAGGGACUAUACGUUCAGCUUCACGGAGACCUUGUCAGGAGGCUGGACCCACCCGAGCGUCCCCUCCAGAUGGUGUACGACUACCUGACAUCGAUGGGUUACGCAGACCUGGUGCGAGUGCAGCAUGAAGCGGCCAACUCAGACCUCAGCUGCAUGAUCCGUUUCUACAGUGAGAGGCCAGUGAAUGCAGACCAGCAGGAACGGACCUUGUUGAAGGGUGUGUUCAGCGUCAGGAAAGGCAAGACUCAGCUGCACAAGUGGGCAGAACGGCAGGUUAUUCUCUGCGGCACGUGUUUAAUAGUGGCCUCGGUGAAAGAUAGUCUGGUGGGGAAGAUGCACAUUCUACCCCUGGUGGGUGGAAAGGUUGAGGAGGUGAAGCGGAGGCAACAUUGUCUGAUGUUCAGCUCUGCCGGAUCACUAGCACAAACUUACUUUGUCAAUUUCGACACGCUCGCCGACUACCAGCGAUGGCACCGGCAGGCAUCAAAAGUGGUUUCUCAGACAGUGAGUCUGGUGGACCUGUCCUGCUACAGCCUGGAAACGGUGCCUGAAUAUCUAUUUUACUGUCAGGAUCUUACCCACCUCAACCUGCGGCACAACUUUAUGAAGCUGCAGGGACCUGGAAGCCUGCUCAACCUCCCCAGGUUCUCCCAGCUGAAGAGUCUGAACAUAUCUCACAACCGUCUGGGUGUGUUCCCUGAGUGUGUGUGUGAAAUCCUCACUCUAACCGAACUGAAUCUCUCCUGCAACAAUCUGCACACCAUCCCUGUUCAGAUUGGCAACCUUCAGAGCCUGCAGACACUAUCCUUGGAUGGAAACCACCUAAGCUUGCUACCUGAAGAGCUCGGCGGUCUGUCUCAGCUCAACAGCCUGGGGCUCUCCUUCAACAACUUCUCUCACAUCCCACCGGUGCUGGAGAGACUGUGUGCAGUGGACAAGCUGGCCAUGGCCGGGAACAGAGUGGAGAACUUGGAGCUGUCCACGCUGGUCAGGAUGGUCCACCUGAGGAACAUUGACCUUCGGCUGAAUGGUCUCCGGUGCAUUAAAUGUAAAACUCCAGAUCCACUGAACCACGUGACCCAGCUGGACCUGCGGGAUAAUUGCUUGGACUCACUUGACCUGAACUCCGUCUGCAACCUGGAGACUCUGAACUGCCAGCGGAACCAGCUGGGGACACUCACACUGAGCGGUUUCACAUUGCGCAUGCUUCUUACCGGCAGCAACCGCCUUACGACAGUCAACAUCUAUCCAGUCCCGAACCAGCUGACACACAUGGACCUUUCACAGAACCUGUUGGAAUACCUUCCAGACUGGGUGUGUGACUGUCAAAAAAUCGAGAUGCUGGAUGUUACGCACAACCUGUUGUCUGAACUUCCUUCCAGAUUGCUGAACAGUUUGAGUUUGAGGAAGCUGCUGUCCGGGAACAAUCAUUUGCAGAGAGUGCCUGAUCUCCUUGACCAUAUUCCUCUGGAAGUCCUUGACCUACAGCAUAACAAGCUCACCGACCUUCCAGAGAAUCUCUUUUACAAGGCCUUAAACCUAAAAUACUUAAAUGUGUCAGCCAACGCCUUGGAAAGCAUUCCCCCCAGCAGCCAAUCAGAGGAGAGCCUCAGCACUCUACAGGAGCUCUACCUGACCGGGAACAACCUGAAUGAGAACUGUGGUGCCUUGUUAGUCGGACACCAGAACCUGCGGAUCCUUCACAUCGCCUACAACCAACUGCUCUCCUUUCCUGCCAGUAAGCUAAGUAAACUGGAACUGCUGGAGGAGCUAAAUUUAAGUGGGAACAAGCUAAAGACGAUCCCCUCCACCGUGUCCAGCUGUAAGAGGCUGCACACUCUCACAGCACUCUCGAAUCAAAUAACCGUCUUCCCAGAAAUUCUCAACCUGCCUGAGAUCAAGCUUGUAGAUCUGAGCUGCAAUGAGCUCACUGAGAUUCAACUACCUGACUCCCUGCCUGCCACGCUGCAAGAGCUGGACCUGACGGGCAACAGCAGCCUCACGCUGGAACACAAAACCCUCAAUCUCUUCAGUCACAUUACCACGCUGAAACUAGACCAGAAAUCCACCCUGACACCCGGAGACUCCCUGGGCUCCUCGACUCUCUGGAAGCACGGAUACUCAGAGAUGAGAGGCCAAAGGAAUAAGUUGUGUGUUUCUGUGCUUGCUGUGGACUGUUUUGGAGAUGGAGUCGAAGGGUGCUACGGCAUCUUCGAUGGCGACCGCAAUGAGGAGGUACCACGACUCUUGCAGUGCACGAUGGGAGAUGUGCUUUGCGAAGAACUACAGCACUCAAAUAUUGACACAGUGUAUAUGUGUAACACCUUCCUCACCUCACACAGGAAACUUGGCAUGGCUGGACAGAAACUCGGUGCUUCUGCCUUGUUGUGUUACAUCCACCGUGAGACGUCCGAGCCUGGGGGCUUCUUUAGCCUUACUGUGGCUAAUGUGGGCACGUGCCAGGCGGUUCUGUGUCGUGAUGGACGGCCUGUACAGCUGUCAAAUGUUUUCAGCUUGGAGUACUCCACUGAGGAGAUGGAGAGGGUUAAAGUCAAUAAAGCCAUUAUAACAGAGGAUAACAAAGUGAGUGGAGUGACGUGCUGCUCCCGCUUGUUGGGCUGCUCCUAUCUGUCUCCCUGGGUGCUUCCAAAGCCCUGGGUGCACACCGAGCCACUUUGUGCCAAGGAUGAGUUCCUGAUCCUGGGGAACCGGGCCCUUUUUGAGCGAGUGUCCUAUCAGGAAGCUGUGUACACCGUGCAGGCUGUGCGGGAUCCACGUGCUGCCGCCAAAAAACUGUGCUCACUCGCCCAGAGUUAUGGUUGCAAGGACAACAUCGGAGCUGUGGUGGUGUCGCUGCAUCUUGGUGAGGACAGCUGCACGUGUGAACCGGCAGUGUUGAAUGAUGAACUGCGGGGUCCAUCCCAUGCCCCUGUUCCGGUGUCCGUGACCCCAUGCCCCAGCGAUCCAGGAAACCUCUCGUCCAGCAGUGGAAUCGGUACUGAGUUCAGCAGUGAGACGUCAGCCUCUGAAGUGGGCAGUGAGGCAGGGUCUACUGCUUCGGACGAGCACCCAUCCUCUGGCUCUGCGUCUCGCCCAGAGAGGCGGUGCAGCCUCCACCCUGCUCCUACACUCUGUGGGAUCAUGAUGCCAAGUCCAGCUGCAACAGGAACCCACCCUGGUGUUUUCCAGCGUCAGCCCUCCAGUGCUACAUUCUCAAGCAACCAGUCUGACAACGGCUUAGACAGUGACGAUGAAGCUCCACUUGAGGGUGUCAUUUCUAAUGGUAGCAAGUUAGAGGUGGAGGUAGACAUUCACUGCUGUGCUUUCCAGCUGCGGUCAGGGGCCCCUUGGAGCCCUAAGGAGCUGAAUCUUGAAAAUCGCAAUGGUAAAAUGCGCAGACAGAACAGCGUGGUGGUUUCUGCUACAAAUGGCUGUUUGCUGGCUGUAUGUGGGAGGGAGAAUGGAGACCUCAAGAAGUCACCUUCCACGUCCAGCCUGUUUGGUAAGAAGCUGUCCAAUGGUUCUGUGGUGGCCCUGGAGGAGAGUCAUAAUAUUAUUGAGGUGGCCCUUGAGGCACCUAAGAAAAAAUCGGGCUACUUCACCGCCCCAGCUCAGCAGGACCCAGAGGACCAGUUAAUUGUGCCUCCUGAUCUUGAGCAGGAGGUCAGGGAGCAACUGAAAGGCCAGAGCCUUCUUGUCUCAGGCAUCUCCACACCGCCAACACCCACUUGUGUAAAAAAUCCACUGUGGGAUCACCCACAACCUCAUGCAUUUGCCUCCAACUUAGUUCCAGGGCCAGGCCCUGCUCCCAUCCUGCAGCAGGAAGUCUAUGAUACAGCCCUGUAGGAUGCUGGGACGGCCACUUGGCUUGAGUUUGGAAUGUGUCAUUCUGGAGAUGUGAGACUAUCUCCUACAGCUGGUAUAGUUGGAAGAAGCUGCCAUUUGAAUAUUUUUUGAAAAGACAAGAAAAGCCUUUAGAACAUUGUCAAUAACUGAUACUGUGCCAUUAAAGAGAGAUAAACAGAAUUUGCUCUGAGUAUCCACCACAAUAGGGCUGAACAUUUCCACAUGUCCAAUAUUUCAACAGCAUUUCCCUUUACUUGGAAAGUUAAGCAGUCUGAUGGGUGCAGAAACGAUUUUGGUAAAUGUCCCCUCCAGGAACCCAAAGGUGUCUCAGGUUCUACAGAGAUGGAUUAGUGCUGAAGCUUGAAAAAGUGCCUACUACGGAUGACACAUCAGAGAGCUCAACGUAUCCCGGUUAAGUGUUGGUACAUUCACACUGGACGUCCAUGGACAUGUUUUUAUGGCUGUUCAAACUUGACCCGAUGUUGUCUUUAGCCCAGAAAAAUAUAUUACAAAUUUUACUUUGUAUCCUAUAAUCUCAUCUAAAUAAAGUCCAAAGAAAGAUGUGAAAGCCAAACACCUUUCAACUACAUUUAAACAUCAAUAGACGUCUUUACGAGGACAUCUUUUCACUGUUCACUUUUCAACCAUAAAUUCAUGUUUAAAGUACAACAAUGUCAGCAACUAGUGGCAACAGAACAAUCUCCAUAGAAGCUACAUUCCAGAGAAUAAAAACAAAUAUUUUGACUUUAGGUAGUUUUGAACACAAUCUGAUUAAUCAUUUAAAACAAAUCAGUCAGAUAAUAGUCAUUGUGCAAAGAGUUUAUUUGUAUUUAUUAAUAUUCAAGGCUGCUGGUGUCAGUUGUAUUAUAUAGAGAUGUGAUGAACAAACCUGCCCCUACAGAAGGGCCAUUCACACAUCUAGUCCAUACUAUGAAUUAUUUCCUCUAUCUUUCUGCCUACUUUUUCAAAUCUUGAGCGGUGGUCAUUGCUGAACGAUUCUAUAACUCCGUCACUUGACAUGACAUGAACAAUAUAUGUAAAUUAAUCAGAACAAAUAUAUUUGGUCAGCAAAGUUUUAACAACAAUGUUCUAACAAUCAAAAUUAUCCAUCCAAUCUUUCAGGGACUGAAUUUUGGGCAUAGAGGCUUAACUUGUCUUGAUAUCAUUUGAAAUUGUUUUUUCUACGUACAUUUCCAUAUGUGCUAUAUUUUUAUUACUGGUUAGUGCUUCUUCAGAUCUCAGCACACAAUAAAUAAGAUAUGAGAGCAACAGUAGUAUAUGGGAUUGGAUAUAAGAAGAACUUCCUUUUUCAGUCACUCAGAGUAUGUCAUAAAUUCUUCCUCAUCCAAAGCUUUAGCAUCUGGUAUCAUUAUAUUGCAUGUACUGUACACAGAGCCCUCGACAAUUAUUGGCACCCAUGAUAAAGAUGAAUUGGUCAUUAACAAGUAGCUUUGAGAUCUUUUACCUCCCCUACAAUCCUCCUCACUGUAUCAGAUGAUAAAUAAACAUGGUCCAGCCUUGUUUGUCAUAGUUCACGUUGUUUAAAGCUUGUUGAGGUUUGCUCUGACUGUAUAUACUACAGAUGUGGGUAGAGUGGCCAAAAAUUAUAUUCAAGUUAGAGUACCAUUACUUCUAAUUAACAUUAAUCAAAUUGAAGUAAAACAUUACUAAUUAAAAAGUUCAGAGACACCCUCUCUAAUCUAAAAAAAAAAGUUAACUAUACAUUUAAAAAGUCUCCGCACUUGUGGCACAGCAGUUUUGUAAGAAACAAUUAUUUAUUACUGUAUUUGCCCCCACAUGAAGCAUGUAGUUAAUUAAAGGUUGUAUUCAUCUUUUUUUGUUUCAUAUUAUACUGCUGCAUUAAAAAAUUAUUUUAAUUGAUUAUCUUUACCAGCAUUGCUAAUAAAUGCCAAGGUUGCUGUAUCCAAGGAAAUAAAUUACAGUCAUAUUAAUGAUGGUAAUGGGCCAAUGUUUGAUAACUGCUGUUGUCAGCGAUAAUUAUUUUAGUUUUAUGGUUUUCGUUCUACUUUGACCCUAACUUCAGUAGCAUUGGUAUGCCGCAUCUGUUGCAUAACGUGAACUAUAGCUUUUUGCCUUAAAGCUCCUCUAAGUAAUUUUUAAAAGUAGAAGUCCUUUGAGUUAUCUAUCUGUGUUCCGCUUUUCUAAGAAUCAUCUUUAAAGGUCAGUGUGUACCCAACAAGAACAGAGAAUUUGUAAUGUUGCUCAAGUUGUCUAGAACAAAAACAAAGUUUUUUCCGGCUACGACACUUAACAGUCCACAAGAACUCAGCGGCAGGACCUUUGGGAGGUCCUCAUAGAUCCCUCCCAUUGCAGCAUUUGUAUAUAAUAAUUGUAGGACAUUAUGAAAGAAAAAGGUUCUUCCCAGAUGAUGUCAAGAGCAAACAGAAGGAACCCCUAAAUCAGAGAGAGAUGAAACCUCUCUGUUAUUGCAGAGGUUGUAUAGGCCUUAAGUCUGUGGAUGUUUUCCAUGAGGAGUUCUCAGUUUCUUGUUUGCCGAUGAUAGAUGAAAAGGAUGUCAUUAAAAGUUGGGACGUUUUUGAUGUAGUUGUCACAAUACAACUUUUAUUUCCAGAACUUGUUUGGUUCUGUUUCCUUGGAAUUACACGUGCCAUUUUUAUGCAACCUUUAACUUUUGUUAUCAUCUUCACUAAUAGAACUGAACAUAUUCCAUUGCUUAUAUUCAUGGCUAACAUUUUAUUAAAAUAUAUGCUGAUUUGUUAAGUCUUUAACAUAUUUAAAACAGAUUUUAAAACUAAAAAUCACCCUAAACAUAAUACAACAAUAAAAAUCAUAGCUUCAAAUUGUAAUCAUGCAUACUACUAAAGUCCUUCAAUUAUUUAUUAUAUAAGACCAGAUUUGACCUACAGAGCACUUUGGUGAGGGUAAUAGUUCAUUCUUGUCACUUUAUCCAUCUAUGUCAGAGAUGCCAAACACUCGAGACUCUGCAGUUCUGAUGUCCACGGUUCGCUCAAGGCGUCUAGCGUCUUGACAGAAGUCAGUGAGACAUUCAUGGACACGGGAGACAUUCUGAGACAGAUUAUGAUUGUGCAAAUCAACAGAGGAGAGCUUGAACUUUCCCAGAGGUUCCACAAAACAGUGUGAUCUUUUGAGUUCUCUUGUAAAAUAUGCAAGGUGUCAAGUGUAAAUAUAAAUGAGUGUCACUUUACCACCUGAAACCACAUAAAUCCUGUCACUUAAAAUGUCUUAAUAUUGAGUGCUGUGUGUAUGUAUGAUGUAGCUGAGCUUGUGUUUACCUGUUGCAUCUUCUGUGAGUCUGCCCCUCCCUUGGACCUGCUGUCUUUGUGGUUUGUUGCCAAUUCCGAAAUGAAUGGCAUUUCUCUGUAGUGUUCUCCAAACCAACUGAGUCCAUUUUUGACACCAUUUGACCCUCUUAAACUGUGACUGUCUCCUGUUUGAUGCCAUAUUUGUUUUAGCUUCAGGAAUAUUUGAUUUCGGAUGAGGCAGUCACUGUGCACUGAAAUUAGUAAGACUGAAUGCACAAGAAGAGGGAGCUGUGAAUAAUGUGCUUUGGUUCAAACACUUGGCACAAUACUCGUUAAACAUUUCUCACACAUAAGUGGAGGGAAUGUAGAUUAAAGCAGACUACGACGUUUUGUCAUGAUUCAUUUACUAACUUUGGAGGAGUUCUUCCUCUUUGCACAUCUAAACAAGCAAAGUAUCUGUGUUUCUAUGUAGUGUGAAGUGCAUGCAUGCCUGUGUGACCAAUGGUUUGACUGUAACUGUGUGAACUGUGAACGAAAAAGAUCAGAGGCGCUCCAACUGUAUAACAUGUGACCAAAGUAGCCACUGUUUAGUGUCAUGUUUCCUUUCUGCAGAUUAUUUUUCAAAAUAUGCUUGAGUAUUUGUUUUUUUUUUUCUCAAUGCCAAGAAGCUUGAUGUUUAUUUUUGUACUUUGUUGUAUCAUGCAAAUUUCUAUCUCCCUCAUCGCUAGAGAAUCAAAACUUAUUGGGAUUCCUCAGAAUACUGUCACUCAUUAAGGCACCGUCGAGGGUACUAACUGUAACUGUAUUUCAUACUGGAAGUAUGUCCUAAAUACGAGUCAGCUGAGAAACAUAUAGUAUAUACAAAUACGAUUUAUUUGUAUAAAAUGAAGCAUAUCAAUAUAUUUUUUCUAGCAUGCUGAUUGCAGCUAAAAAUUUAUGUUGAGUAAUAAACAAUAACAUUGUUUAGGAAUGGAGAUAACAGCACUUUUGCUGUUUUUCAGUCAGACUUAUACUCAUUUGAACAUUCUGUGGAAUAAAAGAUAAUCACUUUUUUAUUUCAGAUGCCGCUGUUAUUAUUUUCAGUUUUUAAUUAGUUUUUUUCAAUUAACUUUAAGCGAAGUAGCAAUAAAUUUUUUUUACUGUGAA